UUCAUGAAAAAUGCAUUCAGUCUGGAAAUGUUCAGAUCAUUAUAUGUAGUACACUAAUCGACAUGAAACGGAAUCGCUUCACGUGUUCGGUGAUUUUUUUCGCAUCAUUAUUUUCGUUGAAGAACGCGAAUUGUGACAGUGAACUUUCAAAAGAGCGAAGUAACAAACCUAAACUUAAAGUAGCAGUUAUAUUGCCACUUUCUAAACCGAACUCGGAUAGACUUACAUGUUCAAAUGAAUUUUUUGAAGACGCUUUACAAAACGUGGAAGCUUUAUACUAUGCCUUGGACGAGAUAGAACAAAAUGACACACUUUCAAGAAAUUUUACCUUAACAAUUGAAGUAAUGGAGAAUUGCGGUCAACUGAUCUCAGAAUUGACAUAUCUUACAAAUUUAUCCAAGCAAUUGAUGGUGGAGCCUGUGUAUGCUGAAAAUGCAACAGUUGGCGUUAUCUACACAAAUGAUUUAACAAAGCUUAAAUACGACACGAUUUUCGAAUCAUUUCCACGGUUCCCACGAAUUAGCUAUUCAGGACCACCGGCAACAAUUGAAGAUGAGAGGGAGAUUGAAAAUGGUCACCCAUUUGGUUUGAUCAUGCUAACAUCCGGUCAUAUUUUCAUAGCAGAAGUAAUGUUUGAAAUUUUGAAACAAUUCAACUGGAAAUACAUUGCGAUAUAUCAUGAUGGUGAGUUUAUCAACUGAACCUUACCGUCGCCUGAAUCUGAACAAAAAUUAUCAAGCGGGACGCAAAUUCUCAAACAUCUGAUUGCAGACUCAGCAAGUUUUUCCCAGCCCUUUGACUAAAAAUUCAAGAGUUAAACUACGUAUUUUUAAAAUUUUUCCUAUUAAAUGGGGAUUUUUCAGCAGUUUUUGGAUUAAAUCCAGCAAUUUUGCAUUUUCGUAGGUUGCAAUUUCUCUCCAAUGGCAGAUUUUUUCAAGAAACGCGCGCAAGUAUUAGCUAUGAGUCAUGAAGUUUGUGCAAGUGCUACAUACUAUCGUUUCUGUCCGGUAAGUUGGUUUUUCAACGAAUUGAUACCUUGAAAUACCUACGUAUAUGCAAAUAAUCUCAAAUGCAACGACCGGUAAUAAAAUUCCGAGGAUAUCAAAUUUUCUAAAAGUUUUGUCACCUAACCAAAUUCGUUGUCGUUACAUUCAUAUCAGCAUUCGACCAUUUGGCAUGUCGGUUGUUUUCUUAGGUAGUUACCACGAUUCAAAUUUCUCCAGAAAUUGAAAAUCGCUCUGAAUGGGCCAAAAUGUUCAAAUUUUGCAAAUCGCUUAUAUUUUGAAUGAAAUAAAUAUUUUCUCGGCAGACAUUUCGCAUUAACUAUGAUAAAUUGAUAUCGAAAGAUAUCAUUGAAACUGGGGAAACGUUUUGGUACGCAGUGGUGCCGAUUUUUUUAAUAAUUUUUGCCAAUUUCAAUUUUUUUUUUGAUUCAUUACCUUCCAGUAUUUUAAAUCAUUUUGAUGUGCAAAAAAGCCAAUAAACGAUCGCUUUCAAUCAUUUCUAACCCAAAUUCUCACGGCAUAAAGACACUGCGUCAAAAAUGAAAUUCCAGGAUUUUUCAAAUUUCUGAAUCGUUACUUGAUGACAUUGAUUGAAAUGACGAGACUCACGUCAGUUUGAUAUGAUUAUGAACAGUAACUUCGAGUUAUGAAAUAAAUUAAAUGAAUAGAUGGCUUAAGUUCAACAAUAUGAUUCAGGACGAUAAAUUAUUCUACAUCAAAGAUGCAGAUCUGUUGGAAUACACGUAUAAAACAGUCGACGUGAUAAUUUGUUAUUGCGAAAAAGAACACCUCCAGAAUUUAAAGAAUUGGUUGAAAAUAUUUCGUAAAAAAUACAUUGUUAUUGCAGGGUUGGUAAAUAUUGAAUAAAUACAAACGUCGCAACAAGAACAGGUACUUACGUAGGUACUAAUAUUGCUUUGAAAAUACAUUUUGUUCUAUGAAUUCAUACAAUAGGAGUAUGGACCAAUACUGGGCGCGAAACGAAGUGAAUUGACCGUCAGAUUUAGGAGAACUGUAUUACGUCACACCAACCCCGCAAUACCAUGAAAAAUUCAACAAUUACUACACAGCUUUGUCAAUGAACAGUACUACGAAACACACUUACCUCAAAGAAUUCCGAGAACGGUACUUCGAGGCAAAAUUUGAUUCUAAAAUGAAGUACAUAGGAUCAUCCGCAAGCGUAUAUAGAGACACAUACAAAAAUGAUUCAAAAGCGACGGUCAACCUUAUUAAAUCACUUCACAUCAUGGCCCAUGUUUUGAAUGAAGUAGAUACCAAUGAUUCUUCUUACCGGCUAUCUGCGGCUCUCAAAACCGACCAUGUCAAAUUCGAAUUUUUAAAUGAAGAAUUGAGAUUUAGCUCAUUCAGACAUCUACCUGAAGGAGAAAAAUUUGAUAUACACAAAUUCAAAGCAAUAGGAAAUCACUCGGGCGACUUCUUCAAAAUCGGAGAGUAUGCGACACUUCGUGUUUUGGAUAACGGAGAUCGAACAGAAAUAAACGGAACAUUAAACAUAAAUUAUACACAUUUCAAGUAUUCAAAAGAUUAUCCGAAACGGACAUGCAGUAAACAAUGUUCUGCGGGAAACUUCAUGAAAGUAGAGAUCGUCCAAUGCUGUUGGGAAUGCGUUGCGUGUGAUGAUUUUGAAGUAUCAAAUGGUAGUAUUACUUCGUGCACCAAAUGCUCAUCAGGUACGGUUCCAGAUCAAAACAAAAGUGCCUGCAUAUCAAUAUCUCAGAUUCUUACACUUCCAAUUAAAUGGAAUGAUAGCCAGAAUUUGAUAUCUAUUGGGAUUUCUUCAUUUUCAAUCACAUUGACGGCGAUCGUAAUAUGGGUAUUUGUCAAGUAUCAGAAUACUCCUGCUGUCAAGUCAACCACCAGAGAGCUAUGUUACGUAAUGUUUGCGGGAAUUAUUUUGGUAAACCUUACACUCUCUAUUUCGGCAAUGACCUCGAACUUUAAAACACCAGACGGAAAAAUUCUACCUGCGGUAGGAUUCACAAUGAUAUAUGCCGCUCUGCUGGUGAAAACCAAUCGCAUUGCUCGCUUAUUGGUCACAUCCAAACAUAAAUUCGCCAACAUGAACCUCAAAUACGUGUCACUGAAAGCUCAGGUCUCCAUAACUUCGAUAUUAAUCGGAAUAGAAAUACUAAUAUGCUGGUUCGCAGUGAAAUUUCAUGAUCCAGAUCCAAACAUCAGAGGAAGUGACCUCGUUUUGAGAAUGUUUUAUUUGGAUAGUAUAUUUUUCAUCAAGAUAUUCGCUUUUGUGGCAUUAUUGAUAUUGUUUUGUACUUAUUACGCGUUCAAAACACGAAAUCUACCAGAAAAUUUCAACGAGACUAAAUGCAUUGGUUUUGCGAUGUACGCCACGGUAGUGACAGCAGUGGCUUUCAGCAUGGUAUAUUUUGCUACUGAUACAAGUAAUAAAAUAUUGGCGAUGAACUUAUGCGCCUCGAUUAACACUCUGACAAUUUUGAUUUUCUUGUUUGCACCGAAAUUGUACAUCAUCUUGUGGAAGCCUGAGAGGAAUACUAGAGUUUACUUUUCACCUGUUACGUCUAGUAUUCGCAGUUAUAUUGGAAAGGAAUCGCGUCCCAAUGCAUGCAAACCACUAAAUCAGUGUUACUCGCUUGAAACCUCAGGACCACAAUCCAGCUCUACUGAUGCAGUGGAGAGUGUAAAGGAAAACGAACGAAAUGUCAUCGAAAAAGUAAUUAAAGGAAUUGACUUUCAACAGAAAAUAUUAAAUCUAGAUACAUUGAAGGAGAAAGUCAAGACAGGCGAUUUACAACUUGAUGAAAUGAUAGAUGAUCUCCAAAAAGAAUAUUUUGAAAAGAUCGAAAAAGUAAAACUGAAAUAUAACGUGGACGUGAAUCGAGUAGAACAAAACGAAAUCAAGUAAGUAGAAAACAUAAUAUUUUCAACGCCCAUGUUCUAAUACUCUAAUUGAACGACUUUGAAGGUGGAGCUUUGUAAAUUGAAAUUACAAAUUUUUAAAUAAGUAUAGGUAAAGGAAUACCGAGGUCAAUUUUGGUACAUGGUGCGCAUUAUAUGUAUUUUCGUUUUUAAAUGUAAUUAGCUAGAAUAAAAUGUAAUU